CGAAAAAUUAGCCGUGGAGAAAUGUACAUAGAAACUCAUAAGAAGAGAGAUGGGUCGUUUGUGACUGAUGAAGCAAGGGAUAUAGCAGUAAGUUGUACUUUUUGGUCUAUUUUAGUACAAAGUGUUACUUCAAAAUCUGCCAAACCUUAAUGUUAUUUUGUUAUAUUUUUGUUGCUUAAAUCUCAAAUGCAGGAACAAAUUGAAGUACUUAUGACUCAAAAUGAGAAAGAUGAAUCUGGACCAUCUACAAAUGAUGCUAUUGGCAAAGUGUUUGGGGAGGAGCAUUCUGGUAGGGUGCGAUGCAUGGGAAUGGGAGCAACACCUACUAAUACUUUCAGAAAUGGCAAUCAUCCUAGCCAGUUAGCUAAUUCUUCAACUUCAAUGUCAUCUACUACCAAUUACUCCCAAGCUGAUUUUAAGCGUUUGGAGUCUAAAUUUGAUGGGACAUUAGCUGCAUUCAAGGCUUAUUUUGUUGCUAAAGAAGGAAGAAUUCCUGUUGAACUUACUAGUAUAUUUAACCAUAGAACUCAGGCUAAUGAUGUUGAGAACGAACCUAUUACACCGACAACAGGAAGAACAUCAUCAGGAGGAAGCAAUGAAAAUCGUGAAGACAUUGUUUAGUAUUACUUUAAAGAUUGAUUAGUUGUUUAUUGUUGCACCUUUGUUAGGGUAUUAUGUUGCAUUUUUUUAUUAAACAAACUUAUUCAAGUAGAGAACUCAUUAGUGGUAGUUGUGAGUUUAUAUUAUUUUAGCUUAUUUAAUUUUUAGGAUUAGAUAUAUAAAGA